AUGCGGAUUAAUCGCCUUUCCCCCGCCGUCACGCUUCUUUUGCUCGCUUUGGGCUCAUCUGCGCUCGAAAGCCCUUCGGACGGCCUCACCGACAGCACCUUGCCCUAUGGCAAAACACCAUCAGCAGGAUCCUCCGAGGUCCACUCCAAGGCUUCUCCCAAAGGGACGCUGGACGCCCCAGUUGAUGGACUAGAUGGGAAGCCUCAUGACGGGCCCUGGGUAGAGACCGGCGCAGAGCGCGAUAGGAAAAGAACCAAGGCUGACGGCACCGAAGCCUUGACGACGACGAACAAGGCCACAGACAGCGGCGAGAAGACAGGCUUCGAGGGACAACAUAUCCCACAUUCCAACGCAGGGGUCAUGGACGAUCCCGACAGAGUAGGGCCGAAAGAAGGCACUAGAGGCACAGAGGGUGGAAUGACGGAAAAGACAAAGGACAAUAGACUACUCAAGGAAAAGGUUCCUGAGACGCCCAAGGAAGCACGCCCACUGCCUCACAGCGAGCAAGAAAAAAUCCCUUCCCGAGAAGGUACCGCCGCUGACAAUUCAGAUUCAAAGACUGGCCAGAAGCUGCUAGAGAAACCCGACGAUCUUCCAGAUCGCCCCCAUUCUAUUCCCCAUCCCAAAUCUCCUGCCGGUACCUAUGAUGAGACUCUCGAUUUUGAACCUCGGCCACCCGGUCGAAAGCCUUUUGGAAAAGGCGGCACCCAUGCCCCCAGCACGGGUUCCACCCAGGACAACGUCAUCAGUCCUAUCCAUUCUCUUUUUAUCUCUCUCACCAUGAUCCUGUUUUCUGAAGUGGGCGACAAAACCUUCCUCGUUGCUGCGCUUAUGGCCAUGCGACACCCUCGCUUGGUCGUUUUCUCCGCCGCAUUCUCGGCGCUGAUUGCCAUGACGGUGCUCUCUGCUGUCCUCGGACACGCAGUUCCCACGCUCAUUCCUGCGUCCAUCACCAAGUUCGCCGCGGCUAUUCUUUUCCUCGCUUUUGCUGCCAAGAUGUUCAAGGAAGGUCAUGGCAUGUCGCCGGACGAGGGUGUGGGUGAAGAGAUGAAAGAAGUCGAGAUGGAGCUAGAAGAGAAGGAACAUGAGCAACGACGUCUGAACCGCAACCAGUCGAGUAUCAGUCCCUACGCAUUAGAGGCUGGCCGUGCCGGCCGCACGCGAUCAACAAACCGUAUUCCAUCGCCACCAGCCAGCGCUUCGUCUGCAUCGUCUCGCGAAGUAUCGCCAGAGCGCGGUUUCACGCUCAAAACCGUGACUGCUGGAACAAGCAACCUCUUUUCACUUCUUCUCAGCCCAGCAUGGGUCCAGACUUUUAUAAUGACGUUUCUGGGAGAAUGGGGCGAUCGUAGCCAGAUUGCGACCAUUGCCAUGGCUGCUGGCCAGGACUAUUGGUGGGUCACCAUUGGAGCGGUCGUUGGACAUGGCAUCUGCACCGCAGCUGCUGUCAUCGGCGGUCGUGCUGUUGCGGGCCGAGUGAGCCUUCGAGCUGUCACGCUGGGCGGAGCAUGCGCAUUCCUCGUCUUUGGGAUCAUUUAUUUCAUCGAAGCGUUAUAUUGA